UAAUCAUCAUAACCUAUUGUUGAAAAUAAGGCUAUGUUUGUGUAUAUAUAAUUGCUCGUAAAUUUUAUAAUACUCUAAACUUUGCACCAUUAAAAAAUGGGUAAAAGAAAAACGAAAAAUACUGAAAAGAAGAAGAUUAAACUAGUUUUUGAUGAAAGCAAAAGAAAAGAAUUUUUAUGUGGUUUUCGUAAACGUAAACUCGAAAGGAAAAAGAAGGCGAAAGAGGAAAUGGAACGAAUGUUGAAAGAAGAAAAGAAACGAAUCAGGCAAGAGAAUAAGGAAUCAUACAAAAAACUCGUGGUAUCGAGCCGCCCUAUACCUGAUAUUGAGCAGCUACUUCAGGAAGAAUAUGAAGAUGAGGAUGUCAAUGUAAAAAUAGUUGAGCUGUCAGCAGAUACUCUGCAGAAAAAAGAUAUUGUCAUAGGAGAUAACAAACCAAAACAAAGUGUUGACAAAGUUAUCAAUACAAAGAAAAAGAAAGAAUUACCACAAAAUGUGCCAGGUAUGGGUUCUGAUGAAGAAAGUGUUGAUGAGGCUUCAGAAGCAGAUGCUGAUGUUAUUGAUACAAAUGAAACUAAGCUUAAAACGAAAAAGGAGGUAAAACAAAUGCUAAAAAGGCAAGCCACCAAGAAGAUUCAAAAGAGUAAAGUAUUUCAAAUGAAGAGUAAAUUAGAUAGGAUACAAAAUAAGAAAAAAUCUCAACAAAAGAAAGGUCAUAUGGCAAAAAUAAAAAAGACAGAUUCAAAAAAGAAUAAAACAAGGAAAAAGAGUCAUAAAAAGAAGCAAGUGAAAUAA